AUGUCGGGACUACGGUCGUCUAUCGGAAAACGUGACCGAUUUCCAGUCGCUUCAUUCUACGGAGCUCCAGAGGAAUACUGGGUCAAUUCUAUGUCGAUCACAUUCACGGCCCAUACUCGUUCAGGAUACAACGUACAAUUUCUCGAGGAAUCAGUCCAUACAAACAACUCACGUGUACUUGCCUACGCCACUCCUCCUUCUCCUCACGUGGAAGAGCAAAAAGUCAUGUGA